AUGACAGAGGGGGCGUCCAAGACUGGGACGACCAGAUCUGUUGAGAUCUGGCACUAUCGCAUGUUUGUGUUCUCAGCCACUGCCACGCUUUCUCUAGCAGUGGAGAUAGCGUACACCAAGUUGGUUCCGAAGAUUCCACAGCUCUACGCCGCUCUCAUCCGUGCUGCAGUUUGGGACUGUGUGCUGGUCGGCGUGAUCGUUGCACAACUGAUCGAUUUGGCGGCCAUUCCCCUCCUAGCUGGUAUCGACAGUGGUCACUACCUGCCGCUGGCAGUGCUUCUGUACCACGCAAUCGCCUUCGCCUUUUGUGGCCUCUACGAUUUGCUGAGUCAGCAAGGGAGCGGCCGGGCCCGCACACUGCACCGUGUGUUGGUUUCCAGGCGCGUCUUGCUGGAACUUGCCGGCGGUGCCUCCGGAACCAAGCUCUACUUGGGCCGCAUCUGCUUUAUCGUCAGUGGAGGUGCGAUGUGGCUUGCGCUACGAGUGCUGCUUCUGAUUGGCGAGGAGACUUUGGUACUGACGUGCUUCAUUAUCCUCCUUUUUGUGGCCUACUGUGCGGCUGGAUUGGCAGCGCUGGAGCCCCGCCGAAGUCUUCCUGGACAUCUCGUGCAGUGGCUUUGCACGGGAUGGGGUGCUCGAGAGGCUUUGCUUCAGGGUCCUUUGAAGAUCAUCGGUGGUUUACUGAUGCUCCCUUUCGCUUCCUCGGUCAUUGCUGCGCAAAUUUGGUUGCGAACCAUCUCCUUCAUCGUCUGGUUGGCAGUCGCGUGCCCGUGCUGCCGUCUGCAGAGAGCGGACAACGUCUUCGAUGCCUUCGAGCGAGAGCUGGCCAUUCCCCUUCUUCAGUGCUCCUUCCUGGCCUUCUCCUGCACCUUAGCAGGAUUGGCUUUGGAGGGGGAGCUCUCCAGCUUUCAGCGCAUGUCUGUGGGGAUUGCAGCGACCUACUACACCAUCAUGCUGCUGAUCUGGACUGCACCAGCAGUUUUACAAGCCAAGGUGGCUGCUGAGGAAGUGUACGACGCUAAUUCUUUGCUCGGAGAAGAAGGUGCCGCGCAGCUUUUAGAGCGAGCAGGAGAUGGAGAGGUGGAGCUUGAGGACCUGCGGAGCACUUGUGAUGAGCUGAAAGCUCUGGUCCAACGUGAACGGCAUGAUCAUGCUGUGGAGGUGGGACAGCUCGUUGCAAAACUUCGAGAUCAAGAGGUCAUUUCGAGAAGUUCUGAGAAGAGCAAGGCACAGCUCCUUUCUGAAGUGGAGGAGUGGCGCGAAAGGUGCAGUGAGCUCAAGAAGCAGCUGGCCCUGUCAUCACGUCCUGAUCUACCCAGGAUAAAGUGGCCGAUCCACACAGCUGGUGCGGAUGAUGCAGGAGCUUCCGCUUCUGGGUCGCAGCCAUCGACAACCCCGGAUCAGCAAGAAGCCCUUCACGGAACGCAGAGCCCUGGUGGUGCCUCCGGCGUUGCCCUUGAGCCGGUCUCAAGCAACGACGAAAGUUCGGAAGUCGAGCGCGCGGGUCCAGGUGACUCCCCGUGCAGCCACGAGGGUUCAGAGGACGCUGAGAACGAAGCCAGCGCCGACGGUCCUCCCGCACGCAGGCCAUCAUCAGAUGAUGGCCAGCAGCAGCAUCACAGUGCAUCGCCCGAGGCCACUCCGACACCGUCUGGGGUUUCGCCACACGCUGAGUCUGCUGCUGAAGAUGUCCAAGAUGUCCUCUCAGCCGGUGAGGACAUGAGUGGAACAGAUGCAGCUCUCAGCGAUGCGGAUGGUCCCCAUCCAGCGUCGGAUGUUCCAAGUGCGAAGCGUGAGCACUCCGAGAAGGAAGCUGCUUAG